AUGACUGUCGGGCCGGUUACUGUGCGUAUCCCGAAUUGUAACAAUACUUAUAAGACCACUUGGAAUUCCAACCCAAGUGUGGCCUUGGCAAACGGUGUGAGCCCGGUGAGCGACACAAACGGCUUCUCUCCCGUAUGGAUACGCCUGUGUUUGUUGAGCUCCCUUCCCACCCAUUCGCAAGCGGGCCAAUCGCACCGCGGGCCAAUCGCACCGGUAUUUAUAAUCGCGCUUUACGCGCGGCUCACGAUUAUGGGCCGAUACCUGAUGUUUACGGAGUUGGUGUUGAGUCAUAAACAUAUGCCCGCAGUGGUCGUACCGGCACCUAUACGUCGCUUCAUUAUGAUGGUGAGCGCGCUUAUGUGUGUCCAAACCCUUCUCGGACUGAGCAUCACUACUUUUAAACUCUUUAUUGCAAUCGAUAUAUUGGCAGACAUAUCGGAGCCCGGAGUGAAUGCCAGACACGUACGUAUGACUUUGUGGACAAAUCAUAGCAUUUCUCCCUUUCCUUCAUCCCUGGCCGGCACUAAUUGGCACAAACCUAUUGGUAUAGUCCCGUGUCUGUCGUGGACAACGGCGUCCUGUGCUUUCACACAAGGAGUUAUGAUGGGAUCCAUUCCCUGGACACUAUUAGAGGAGGAGUACCAGUCCUAUGGCGAGGAUCUGUUGCAAGAGUUGCACACAUUAAUACAUUCGCCAGAAAUUCAAUCGAUUAGUAACCCUGCGUUUGACGCGGGCCGACAUUUCGCCCGUACUUUCCCUAAGAUAUUGGACUCAAUACUUGAAUAUGACUUCAGAAAUAUGUUUUCAUCAAAAUCGUCGGCCACUAAGCCAUGUUUAUCGUUAGCCAAAUCAUUACAGCUCUGUUUUCGGCUCUGUUACUUAUUCUGCAAUCUAAAGUACGCGCCUCAUUACCUACUCACGUGUGUAAACCGGUUGAACUCAGUGCCCGUCGACCCCGAGCUCUCACUGAUAGUGAACGCAAAAAAUGAUGGGUAUGUCCCGCGUCAGGGCGUACAACCCCUUACAGACUUAUGGCCCGGUUCUCGGGUUAAGUACGUGGACGGGGGACACGUGUCAGCCAUUCUGUUCAACGCUAAUGUGUUUAGAGUUAUAUUCUUGCGAUUCAUUAGGAAAGCGAUCGCAGAGGCCAUGGAUAUGACGGCCCAGAAGUACUUCCGAACCUCUCUUUUGAAUAACAACAACAGUAAAAAUCUCAGAGGAAGUAUGACUUUAAACAGUGAUCACCACAUGAAUGGUGCUGUCGUUAUGAUAAACCGACACCUUUUCGAUGACAUAGUGUCUGAAAACCAGAGAUUAGUCAAUGAAUUAAUGUUUGCAAACAAAUGGUUGAUUGAUUUGAAGACACACUUGACUGUUGUUUGCAACAAGUUUUGGCACAUUAUUAGCCAUCAGGACAGACAUGUAUUCAAUGGACUCAUACAAGAAGUGAAUGCGCGGAUCAGUCAACCCAAUGGACAACUAUUGAUACCCAGAAUACCUCAACAAAUGAUACAAACAAAUAAUACCUUCAAUGAAGUGAUUCAUGAAAUACGGGUCACAAGUGAUGUCCAAAAUGCAGACAUAAGUCAUAUGAAUACAGGGAAAGCCGAUAAUCGUAGUAAUUGUGACACAAAUGGCCAACAGUUGAUGCAAACGAUACAAACACAAGAAGUUAAGGAUACCAUCAAUACUCCAUCUGCUGAAAACUCGGAGGCAAAUGGUGUGGAGAACCGGAUCAGUUUGGACUCAACAACGUGUCUACCAGAUAGUAAAGCCCCGGAAUCAGUGGUCACUACAGAUUCAGUGGACAUCACAUGCGAUUUGUUAAUAGCAAGUCGUGAGGAAAGGGAGAAAUGCUAUGAUUUGUCCACAAAUUUAUACAAACACGUGUCUGGCAUUCACUCCGGGCUCCGGUAUGUCUGCCAAUACAUCGAUUGCAAUAAAGAGUUUAAAAGUAGUGAUGCUCUCAAUAACCACUCGUAUGUUCACAAAGACAUUAAGCCAUACAAGUGUUACCACAAGGGCUGUGAUUAUGAAAACAAGAAUUACAAAUAUUUAACACUUCAUGUGAAAAGACAUUCACUGCCUAAACACACUGUCACUUGUGAUGUAGUGGACUGUCAAAAGACAUACCAGUCCGAGAAGGGUUUGGACACACAUAAGCGCGCUCACCAUCAUAAUGAACCGACGUAUAGGUGCCGGUACGACCACUGCGGGCAUAUGUUUAUGACUCAACACCAACUCCGUAAACAUCAGGUAUCGGCCCAUAAUCGUGAGCCGCAAGUAAAGCGCGAUUAUAAAUACCGGUGCGAUUGGCCCGCUUGCGAAUGGGUGGGAAGGGAGCUCAACAAACACAGGCGUAUCCAUACGGGAGAGAAGCCGUUUGUGUGCGAGUGGCCC